GAAGGUUCUCAUCUUUGCAAGUAUUUGUAAGACUGCUCCUUUAAGGGUGAAUCAGUAGUUUGAGGAAAUAGGAAGUCAGUCCAGUAACACUUUGCACAAAGGAAAAACAAAAACAAAAGGCGUCUGUGAAUGAUGGCAGGAAUAAAAGCUCUUGUUGCGUUAUCCUUCAGUGGUGCACUUGGACUGACUUUUCUCCUUUUGGGAUGUGCACUGGAACAUUUUGGAGUGUACUGGCCAAUGUUUGUCCUGAUCUUCUACAUCCUGUCACCUAUCCCAAAUUUAAUAGCUAGGAGGCAUGCAGAUGACACUGAGUCAAGCAAUGCAUGCAGGGAGCUUGCAUACUUCUUAACCUCUGGAAUUGUGGUGUCUGCAUAUGGUCUGCCCGUUGUGCUUGCACGAAAAUCUGUGAUCCAGUGGGGCGCCUGUGGCCUAGUAAUGGCAGGCAAUUGUGUCAUUUUUCUGACCAUUCUGGGUUUCUUCCUGAUAUUCGGAGGUGGAGAUGACUUCAGCUGGGAACAGUGGUAAAACCUAUCUGAAAGAGGAACAAAACUACAUUAUAAACUGCAAAACUUUAAAUUGUUUGCCAUGGCUAUGCUGAUUAACCUAGGCCUUGACAGAGACUGUGUCAGUUGCUCUCUUUGUUUUACUCUCAGUUACGGCUGCUCUGUCUCUCUGCUUCUGCCUUUUCAUUUGCAUUACACGUCGGCAUGUGCAUGGCUCUGUGUAUACAAUGAUUUGCUUAAAAAAUGUGGUUUAAAAUAGUUUGAACAGCAAAACGUAAAGGGCGAAUCUCAUAAAACCUGUGCAGUACAGUUUGGGUCAUAUUUACUCAAGUUAAAAGCAAAAACAAUUGAAUAUAUAUUUUGAUUAAAAUGAAGCAUAUUUUAGGACCAUUUAAGAGUUUUUCUGUGAUGUUUAUAAUUAAGUGUCCCACUUUUUUUUAUUUUAUUUUUUUAUUAUUAUUAAGAAUUUCUGCAUUUAAAAUAUGUACUUUUGGUUUUGGGGUGACCUAUCACACAGUACACUGUUUUUGUGAGAUUCAUGCUUAAAGAAUUAAUUGUAUGAACUAGAAAUCAUUUAUGCAAACCAAUAAAACCAAGAUGAAUUAUUUAAUAAUACAUAAAGGUAAGAGCAUAGUAUGAGCAUAUCAUAGUAUGAGCGUUAGUACUUAAUUACCCCGAUUAAAUUAUUAACAGUCAUCAUUUGCACUUGAUAUAUACAGUAGGCCUACCAGUUAUGAGGCAUAACUUAUUAUCUAACAAUGCCACUGUCACCUUAGAGUUAAGGCGAUGCUUUGUGUUUGCAAACAGAGGCACUGUAACCAUGGCUGUCCGAAGUGUUUUUGUCUUCGUUUUUGGCAAUGCAACUAAUGUCAGUUACGGAUUGGACCUGAUAAGCUUUAACCUUCUGUGUAUACCAUGUUACCAAAGCGGACAUCUUCCUGCUGUUGUUUUCCUUUAUUCCUUGUUUACAUCUAUUGUAUGUUUCCAUGUGGGUCUGUAGUUUGUUGUUUUACAAAGCAUGCAGAAUACAAUCAUAAAGGGCCUUUCAGUGAUUAUGGAAUGUUUAGUACAGCUACUUUUUGUUAGAAUAUGAUUCAUACAAUACCAGAAAUAUUUUACUACAAUUGACAUAAUUCCACAUCAAAGCUUAUAAAAACACUAUGACAUGAUUGUCAUUUAACUUAAUAAAUAGUAGGCUAUAUAGUAAAUGCAUUAUCUGAGAUCCAAUUUAAAAUCAGGGUGUCAGGUUUAAUGAUUGACAGUUUCUCACUACUGGUGUCGUCAUUAAUAUUUUAUAAAGGAUUAUAAGGUUAUCAUUUUAUCCACUAUUUGAAAUCUUUCUGUUUUUACUGACUUUACAUUGAAUCACUUGUAUAGGGAUGGUUUGAUGUACCUUUGUGAUCUUUGACUCUGUUUAAGCACUUUCAAACAAUAUAUAUUUGAUUAUAUGAAUUAAAACAUUAGAAUUUUUAA